CGGCGACGGCUUCUGCGCAGCGCAGUUGCUGUUGGGGAACUGUGGCUUAAGGGAAAGGAAGGAGGAGGAGGAGAGAGAGGGAAGGGGGGGAAGUCGCGUUGAGGCGCCUUGUGCUCGUCCCCAACGGCGCCCCCCUCCUUCCUUCUCCCCAUUGGGUCUCGCGCACCAGCCGUUGAAGGAGGGAGGGAGGGAAGGUGGGAGGAAAAGAAGGAGGGCGGCGUCGCUGCUGAGGUGCUGCGUUCGGGGCGGCCGUCGCUGCUCCCUGCUUCGUCCCCGUGCGUCGCGGCCCUUAUCCCGGGGGCGGGACGGACUCCCGCCUCGCCCUCUCCCCCCCUCUCCGCCCUGGGCGGCGGCGGCGGGGGCGGCGGAGGGGAGGAGUAGGGCGCCUGCGCAGGGAACAGUAGUACAAAAUGUCAAAAAUUAGAAGGAAGGUCACAGUGGAAAAUACCAAGACCAUAUCUGAUAGCACAUCCAGAAGACCCAGUGUAUUUGAAAGACUUGGACCCAGCACUGGAAGUACUGCUGAGACACAGUGCCGUAACUGGUUGAAGACUGGCAUCUGCCUCUAUGGGAACACAUGUAAAUUCGUACAUGGCCCUUCACCACGAGGUAAAGGCUUUAGCAGCAGUUACAGAAGGUCACCAGAAAGGCCUACAGGGGAUCUUCGGGAAAGAAUGAAGAAUAAGCGACAAGACAUUGAAACAGAAUCACAGAAACUUAAUCCAGAAGAGCAAUCUUCUCCUGCUAGGAAAGAGGCUUCGAGAGGAAGGCACAGGGGGAAGGAAGAUAUUAAAAUUACAAAGGAGAGGACUCCAGAAAGUGAAGAAGAAAAUCCUGACUGGGAAACAAAUAGAGACGAUUCUGAUAACGGAGACGUUAACUACGAUUAUGAUCAUGAACUUUCUCUGGAAAUGAAGCGCCAGAAGAUCCAGAGAGAGUUAAUGAAGCUUGAAGAGGAAAAUAUGGAGAAAAGGGAAGAUAUAGUAAUUAAAAAGGAGAUUUCUCCAGAGGCUGUUGGAUCAAAGUUAUCAUCUCCUUCACCAAGAAAAUCUAGCAAAUCUCCAAAACUAAUAUUGAGCCCCAAAUCUUCAUCAUCGACCAGUAAGAGGGAAAAGAAGACGUCUGCAGUUUCUUCACCCCUCUUGGACCAGCAGAGGAGUUCAAAAACCAACCACAAUAAAAAGAAGGGCCCUCGUACACCUAGUCCACCUCCACCAGUGCAAGAGGAGACUGCACAAGCAAAAAAACAUAAAGAAAAGCAUAAAGUCAAAGAACGGUUGGAAGAGAAGCCAAAGGAGGUAAAAGAGAGAGGCCGUGACUUAGAAAGACAUAAUAAAGAAAAAAAGGAGAAGCAGAGAGAUCCCUCAGAAGGUUCCCAUAGACAGAGACGUUCACCUAGUCCAGAAGAACAUUCUGGAAGUAAUUCUUCUCCUUCAAGAGAUUAUUCCCCUUCCUCAAGGAGGAGGCAGACGUCUUGGGCUCUGACUAAGUCAAGCAGCCAUAAACAUUCCUUUUCACCAUCUUGCAGGUCUGCUUCACCACCAACUCAACAUCAUUCCCCUGUAUCUUCAAGACAUCACUCCUCUUCAUCUCAGUCGGGUUCUUCUAUUCAGAGGCGUUCUCCUUCCCCACGUCACAAAAGAACUCCUUCCCCCUCUUACAAAAGGACAGCUUCCCCACCUGUAGGCCGUUCCUCCUCCCCUUAUGCACACCGAGCUUCACCUUCUUCUCAACAAAAGCAGGCCCCUUCAAGGCAUCGUUCACCAGUUAGAGAGAGAAGUCGGCAUGAUCGCGAGCGGAUUUCCCAAUCACAUGAUCGGCGCCAUGAAAGAAGAGAUGAUACUAGAGGAAAAAGGGGGAGAGAAAGAGAUAACAGAGAUGAACGUGAUUAUGACCAAGAACAGAGUACCCCGAGGGAUCACAGAGAUGAUCGAGAAUCUCGGGAUGGACGAGAUCGAAGGGAAACCCGAGAUAACAGAGACCGCAGGGAUCUAAGAGAAUCUCGGGACACUCGGGACUCACGAGAGAUUACUCGGGAUUCAAGGGACUGUAGCCGAGACACUAAAGAAAGUCGUGAUCAGAGGGACCUGCGUUCCACACGAGACACAAAUGACUACAGAGACAGAGAGAGUCGAGACACCCAUAAAAAGGAAGAUCAAUAUUUGGAGGAACCACGUAGCUAUGGAAGAAGCCAUGGGAGAGAAGAGAGUUCUCGUGCUGAAACAAGGACUGACUCAAGGAAUGAAUCUAGAAAUGAAUCCAGAACAUCUGGAAGAAGUAGAGGGAGAGGUCCUGAAUUAUCAGACAAGGGGAGUCGAGGAACAAGGGGAUCUCAGGCUGACAGCCACAAUACUAGUAGUAGCUACCAUGACAACUGGGAAUCACGAAGCAGUUAUCCUGAGAGAGAUCGCUAUGAAAGCCGGGAACAUGCAAGGGAUUCUUCCUUUGAGAGAAGACAUGGAGAACGGGACAAACGGGACAACAGAGAAAGGGAUCAGAGAGCAAGUUCACCAGGACGACAUCAAGGAAGAAAUGAUGACCUUGAACGUGAUGAAAGACUAGAAGAAAGGAGAGCAGAUAGGGGUGAAGAUAGGAGAGAUGAAAGGCCUAGAGACCGGGAGAGGGAACGGGAAAGAGACAGAGAAGCAGAACGUGAUCGUGCCCGUGAACGAGAACGUGAGAGAGACAGGGAUAAAGACAGAGAACGGGAACGGGACAGGGACCAUGAUAGAGACAGGGAAAGAGAACGGGAACGGGAAAGAGAAAGGGAAAGAGAACGGGAGAGGGAACGGGAAAGGGAACGAGAACGAGAACGGGAGAGAGGACGGGAAAGAGAAAAAGAAAGGGAGCGACAGAGAGAAUGGGAUGAAAAAGAGAGAGGAAGAGAAGAACGCAGAGAUAAAAGAGAAGAUGUCCGGGAAGAAAGAACCACAAGAGAUAGCCGUGAAGACAGAAAGUCAAAGAAACGUCACAGAAAUGAAAGUAGCCCCAGCCCACGCAAGUCCCCCAAGCGUCGCCGUGAACAUUCACAUGACAGCGAUGCCUACAAUAGUGGAGAUGAACAAAAUGAAAAGCGCAGACUACCAAGUCAGGUUGUACGACCCCAAGAAUCACGCUCACUUAGUCCUACACACCUUUCAGAAGACAAGCAGAGCCGAUGGAAAGACAGUGAGCGAAAGCCAGAGAGAAAGGACAGCUCCAGACAUUAUGAAGAAAGUGAGUUCAAAGAACGAGGGACCUCUGGGGAGAAACCACGUGAGCAGCGAGAGAUCAAUGAAAGUUCAAGGAGCAGGGGCCAAGAGACUGCGACUAACUGGGCUUCUGAAGAACGAGAGCCCUCUGAUCAUUUGCAUGAGGAUAAGAAGAAAGUUAAAGUGCAGAAAAAGACUACAAAAAAGAAGAAAGAGGAUGAUGUUGGACUGGAGCGCUAUGUCAGUGAGCCAGCUCCAGAGAAGACCCAAGUCUUUUCUCCCAAGAAAGUUCAGAAAAAGAAAAACACUGAAAAAAAGCGGAAGAGAUCAAAAGGAGAUUCUGAGGCUUCUGAAGAAGACAGUGGUUCACAUCAGAAAAAGAAAAAAGGCCCAAGGACACCACCCGUAACCACAAGGGAGGAGUUGGUAGAAGUUGUGCCUGAGAAAGCUGUGGUAGUAGAAGUUCCUCCUAAAAGAGAAGACACUACGUUCAGUGACUGGUCAGAUGAAGAUGUUCCUGAGCGUGGAGAACCUGUUCUGGAAAGAAGUUCUGAGGAACCCCAUAGAAGUAGCCACCGCAUAAAGGCUGAAAAUGUGGAAACACCUCAUGUUGUUGAAGAUACCCCACGUGUCAAACCUGUUGAACAGAAGCGGAGCAGCAGUCUUUGCAGCAAUCGAAGCCACACCUCAAGUAGACUCCGGUCACCCUCCAAUGAUUCUGCACACCGCAGUGGAGAUGACCAGAUUGGUUUGAAAAAGAUCUUGCAUAGCAGCUCCAGCGACAGAGAGAAAAGGUGUAUUGAAAUUGCUGGGGAGCGGAAAUCAAGAAUCGAUCAGCUAAAACGAGGUGUUCCUAGCCGCAGCACUUCUUCAGAUCGACAGGAUUCAAGAAGCCACAGUUCAAGGCGAAGUUCUCCUGAGUCAGAUCGUCAAGGCCAUUCGCGAUCUGGGUCCUUUGAUAGUAGGGAGCGAAUUCAGGACAGAGACAGACAUGAUCACGAUCGGGACCGAGAAAGACGAGACGGUAGGACAAGAGAUUGGGACCGAGAUACAGCUAAAGACUGGUUGAGGAGCAGAGACCGGGACAGAAUACGGGAACGUGACAGACAGCGGGAGAAACGGAGAGAUACAGACCGUGAAAAGGAGAGGCCUCUUCCUGAGAACUCUGAAAGAGACCGAGGUGUCAGCACUACCUCUCAAGCAGAAUUAUCCAAGCACAGUGAAACAAAACAAGUCAAAGAGCGUCCAGAGUUUGAGGCAAUCUGUCUGGACUCAACUUCCAUAGAGAAAGAGAGGUUGGAUAAAGACAUCGGACCUUUGCAAAGCUUUGAAGAUGGAGUUGAAGCUGAGAAGCCAGAAAAUGUAGAAGGUGGAGAUGAUGAAGCCAAAAUAGAUGAUAUGCAGUCAAUGGGAUCUGGUGCUGGAGAAUAUGAGCCAAUCAGUGAUGAUGAGCUGGAUGAAAUUUUGGCAGGUGAUGCUGAAAAAAGGGAGGAUCAACAGGAUGAGGAGAAAAUGCCAGAUCCUGUUGAUGUCAUAGAUGUAGACUGGUCCAGUCUUAUGCCAAAGCAGCCAAAAGAGCCACGAGAAGCUGGAGCUGCUCUUUUAAAAUUUACUCCGGGUGCUGUCAUGUUGAGAGUGGGCAUUUCCAAACAAUUGGCUGGCCCUUCCCUCUUCACCAAAAUUAAGGAGACCUGCCAGAGAACGUUGGAGAAACCAAAAGAUGCCGAGAACCUGUUUGAACAUGAAUUUGGAGCCCUGAACAUGGCUGCCUUACUGCGAAAGGAGGAGCGUGCUGGUCUGCUGUCCAACCUUGGUCCUUGUUGCAAAGCCCUGUGCUUCAGAAGAGAUUCUGCAAUUCGCAGGCAGCUAGUGAAAAAUGAAAAGGGCACAACGAAACAAACGUACACAAAUCCUCCAGUAGUGGACAAUGAGUUACUGCGGCUGAGUCUACGGUUGUUCAAACGCAAGACUGUUCAUCAAGUUUCUGGGCAAGAAAAGACAGAAGACUCUAAACUUUCACAACCAUAUGUUCCAGAAGUAUGCAUGUCCUGAGCCAUCCCUUUUGGUCUUUUUACUGUUUGAUAGUAUUGAAGUGUCCAUCUUUGUUCCUUUUAAGCAGGACGGUGCUAGAAGAGGAAAAUACAUUAUUUACAUAUUGGGACAGUUUGGUUGCAAUAAUCUUUGUUUUUCCCCAAGUUCUGGCUUGUCAGGAAGGAGCAGGGAUGUUCCAGUGGGAGCAGUUAAAUAAAUAGGGUAAGCUGUCUCUGUGGUUUGUUUGCGUUUAUAUCCAAAUUGGGGACCCCUGGCUUACUGGCCUCCUAACAAGCAAGAAUUGUAGGCUGCAGCAAGAUUCUGGCUUUCAGAGAGCAAAACGUCAGGGUUACUGAUUUGGACCUAAUACUAAACAAGCUACAAAUAAAGUUUCUUAGUUUAUUUAACCUCUUCUCCCUGCCAGGAGGAACCAAACAAGCUAUUAAGUAGCAAACACCAGGAUGUCUGCUUGUUGCUGCUAAGCCAGACCUCUGAAGUAUUUUGCUAUCAUUGCAUCUAAACUGGCCCAGUGGAUUGGUUGUGAGAUGGUCUGUUAAGGAGUGAAUUCAGUGCGAAAGUUUGAAGACCAGUGUGUCUGUUUUGCUGCAUGUUUUAUAAGUGAGUUCUAACCAUGGAUCCUAUUUAAUAACUUACUCGUAUGUAAGUGUGAAAAUGUCAAUUUUUGGAGAUAUGUUUUAUCACUUGCUAUUAAAUUUUUAAGAAGAAAACA